AUUUAAUAGAUAGCUAAUAAAAGAAAGAAUUAUUCAAUUAUUAUUUUUACCUCUAUAUUUUCUCUAUCAAAAAAUUCAAACCAUAAACACCCGAUGAAAGCAGGUAUAAUCGUGGUAUUGUGUUUUCUGUCCUUAGCGCUGAUCGUACCACCGUUAUCGGCUUCCGAUGAUCGCCGGCAAAAAUGGUGGAAAUGGCCGUCUACCGGAAAAUCAAUCUGUUCAUCCGUUGUACUUCCUCUAUACGGCAAUGUUUAUCCUCAAGGGUAUUAUUAUGCUCAGAUAAACAUCGGACAUCCUCCGAGGCCUUAUUUUGUUGAUCCUGACACGGGUAGCGACCUAACAUGGCUUCAGUGUGAUGCUCCUUGUGUACAUUGCACUCAGGCCCCACAUCCUUACUACAGACCAAAUAACGAUCUAGUUCCAUGUAAAGAUCCUCUCUGUGCAUCACUCCACUCGGGGGAUCACAGAUGUGAUGACCCUAAUCAAUGUGAUUAUGAAGUUGAGUAUGCUGAUGGUGGUUCAUCUCUCGGUGUCCUUGUCAACGAUGUCUCCCUUCUCAAUCUUACAACUGGCGUUCGAGUCACUCCUCGUCUCGCCAUUGGGUUUGUAACACUUUUUAUGCAGACUGGGUGUGGAUAUGAUCAGAUCCCUGGUCCAUCUUAUCAACCACUUGAUGGUGUUCUUGGGUUAGGGAAGGGUAAAACAGGAAUUGUAUCGCAACUUCAUAGUCAAGGUCUAAUUCGGAAUGUGGUUGGGCACUGUUUCAGUAGUCGUGGAGGUGGGUUUUUGUUCUUUGGAGAUGAUGUCUAUGAUUCUUCACGUGUAGUAUCAACCCCAAUGUCACGUGAUUAUAGGAAGCACUAUUCACCUGGGUAUGGAGAGGUGAUUUAUGGUGGAAAAGCAACCGGGCUUAAGAAUUUACUUGUGAUUUUUGAUAGUGGAAGCUCGUACACGUAUCUAAGUUCCCAAGCUUAUGAGGGUUUGCUUUAUUUGAUAACAAAAGAAUUGAGUGGGAAGCCUAUACGAGAAGCAGUAGAUGAUGAAACUCUACCCUUUUGCUGGAAAGGAAGAAAACCAUUCAGAAGCAUAAGGGAUGUAAAGAAGUACUUUAAGCCUGUGGCUUUAAGCUUUUCCAAUGGUUGGAGAUCCAAAACUCAAUUCGAAAUCCCACUUGAAGGAUACCUUCUUCUCUCAUCAAGAGGGAGUGUCUGUUUAGGAGUUCUCAAUGGCACUGAAGUCGGACUUCAAAACUUCAACAUAAUUGGAGAUAUAUCGAUGCAAGAUAAGAUGGUGAUAUAUGACAAUGAAAAACAAACAAUAGGAUGGAUUCCUGCAAACUGUGACAACCCACCAAGGUCCGACACAAUCAUCUUUUGAUUGUGUCUCCAGCUACAGAAACAGGCUGUAAAUUAAGUGGUUAAGUUUUAAUAGUCUGUAUAGGUCUACAAGAUUGAUUAAAAGGAUACUAGUUCAUACUUCAUACUUCAUAGUAAGGUUUAGAAAUGUAAACUAUCUAAAUUAUACAAACUUCAAGCC